AUGCAGCGUGUUGUGUCAUCGGGCUCCAAGCUCCUGCGCAAGUCGGGCAGCUCUGACCAUGGCCAUGCUUCACAGCCCAGGCAGCUCACCAAGUCUCCGCCGGCCUCGCCGGCGCGCGACAAGCGUCCGCCGGAGCCCUACCCUAUACCGAGCAACAACCCUGCAAGCCAGUACACGCUCCUCGAGAAGCUAGGCACGGGUAGCUUCGGUACCGUGUACAAAGCGAUGCACAACGACACCAAGCAAAUCGUGGCUAUCAAACAGAUCGACCUCGAGGACUCGGACGACGACAUCUCUGAGAUUCAGCAGGAGAUCGCGAGUCUUGCGCAGUUUGACUCUGAUUACGUGACGCGGUACUAUGGCUCCUUCGUCGUCGCAUACAAGCUGUGGAUCGUCAUGGAGUACCUGGCCGGUGGCUCCUGUCUCGACCUCCUUAAACCAGGCGUCUUUUCGGAGCCGCACAUAGCGGUCAUUUGCAAGGAACUCCUGCAAGGACUUGACUACCUCCACAGCGAGGGUACGAUUCAUCGAGACAUCAAGGCCGCGAACGUGCUUCUCUCGGCCUCGGGAAAAGUCAAGCUUGCAGACUUCGGUGUAGCGGCUCAACUGACCAGUACACUGCGGCAUACAUUCGUGGGGACGCCGUUCUGGAUGGCGCCGGAAGUCAUUAGGCAAGCAGGCUAUGACGCGAAGGCAGACAUCUGGAGUCUGGGUAUCACCGCGAUCGAGAUGGCGAAGGGCGAACCACCACUAGCGGAGUACCAUCCCAUGCGGGUAUUAUUCCUCAUCCCGAAAGCGAAGCCACCUACCCUGGAAGGUGCCUUCUCUGCGACCUUUAAGGACUUCAUCACUCAGUGCCUCACAAAGGAUCCUGACACCCGCCCCUCAGCCAAAGAUCUCCUACAACACCGGUUCAUCAAGAGUGCUCGGAAAACGUCAUACCUUACUGAGCUCGUCGAGCGGUACCAGGACUACCGUGCCCGCGCACCAGGCAAGGCACCACAAAUGUACCAGGCGACCGCGCGCAAUAGCGGUGCAUGGGAUGGUACACUCCGGAGCGAUUGGAGCUUCGACACUGUCCGGACAAAUUCAGCCAUGGGUUCGAUCCGGAGCAUGGCGCGGGACCUCCUACCGCCCGAGAUGAUCCCCGACGAAGACGACUACUAUGACGAGCCCUCGAUAUACGACAACGACGGCACGAUAGACACAACGGCGGCUACGACAGGUGGGAGUGCGCCGCUCCCGCUCGGCAUGAACGCAGGCGCGCAGCACUCGACGGUGAUCAUCCGAACGCUGAGCCCGCCCGCAGACGAGAAGGCAGUGCCCUCGCUCAUGUCUGACAACGUGAGCGAUGAGACGGCGGGCAGUGCGGAGCCUGCGACGCCCCCGAUGAACGAGCCGCCGCCUGCAUACACGGGCUCAGUGCGCACGACACGCAGGGCGAGCUACCAGGCACGGAACAACGCGAAUGGGACUGUGAUUGGCGAGGCGGAUCUGGGCACGGGCGUCGAUACGAUCCGACCGGUGAAGAAGGUGGAUACGGUGCGCUCGUUGAGGAUGAGCGAAGAGUAUGUCGGGACGACGAGGAGCCGCGAGGGAUCGAACUCGGCGCCGUCUUCGCCGUCGAGUACGAAGACUCCGCAUAGGAGAGUAGCGAGUGAGGCGGUGAAGGCAGGCAAGUCCCUCGUCGACGAGGUAUUGCUGCCAAUACUAGACAAGGCAACAAGGGACGACAUGGACGCUCGCGAGAUAGAAUCGCUGAGCAUGAUCUCCCGAGGGUUCGAAGAGCUGAGGGACGUCAACCCCGAGCUUGCCUACAACAUUGUUCUCGACCUACUCGCCGGCAUCAACGACAACUCUGCUGUGCGGCAGCACGUACAGACGGCACGCGGUCUCUUCCCUCACAGACGGAUUAUUCGCAAGAGCGAGAUGACGGCCAAAGGGCUCAUCGUCACCGAGGAGGAAGAGAUCAGCGGCAUGCCUCCUUCGUCUUCGUCACCAAUACCGGGCGACGCCGAGCCCGGCUCCCCGACACGCAAGUCGCCUAUAUCCGAACUGCUCUAUAUGCGCUGGCUCGAGGGUCUCCGGCUGAAAUGGCCGAGUAUCCUCUAG